AUGGCCCUGCGACCUUUCGGUCGCGGCAGGCUCGCGCCGCUGGGCUCUCGCGGCCACCACGAGGGCCUCGUCGCAGCGGCGCCCUGCUGCGCCAACGGAGGACGGAGACGCGUCCUCAGGCGGGCGCUUUUCUUCUUGCUGGUCGCGACGGCCUGCGUUGCGGCAGUUGCCGCGCUGCGUGGGUUGACCGGCGCGCCUCGAGGGAGCGCGGGAUGCCGGACUAGCCUGUUCGGACUCGAAGCGAGAUGUGACGAGCCGGAGAUCGUCACGCCGCAGUGGCGGCGAUCGGUCGCCCUGCUGACGGGCGGCCCGAGCAGGGUCGCUCCGGAGCUGAGUUCGCAGGAGUUCUGGAAGCACAUAGCCAAGCCCCUGCUGGCGGACAACAGCUUCGUGGGCGUGUUCACGUCGACCAAGGUCGCGGACCUGCAGCGCUGGCUGGCCUGGAGGACGAUGAUGCUGGACCGAAUGCGUUUGGACGCGUCGGGGGGCGAGUGGGCCGGCAAGUUGAUACACCAGAUCAACGCCACGGCGUUUCCGGACGUGCUGCCGCUGGCGAGACCAGGGUGCAACUUCGCGUACGACGCCAAGGGCGGCGGCGUCUCGAUAUCGCAGCAGUACUUUCACAUUCGGCGCGCCCACGACGCCGUCCUGGACUACGAGCGCCGCAACAACUUCAGGUUCGACUUCUUCAUGAGAACUCGGAAUGAGUGGUUUUACUUCCAACCGUUCAACCCCCAGUGGCUCGAUCGGCUCGAACCCAACCAGAUAGCGCACCCGGCGUUCGAGUACCAGUCCCCGUCCAAGUCCUGGGUGUACGGGUGGGGCCCCGCGGAGGGGCGCAUGCACACGCUCGUGGCCGAACAGAUCCUCAUCUCUCGCCGCGACCCGAUGGAGCACUUUGUGCGGAUGUUCGACUCGUGGUUCGACGAGUGCCCGUACAACGCGACGGACCUGCACGCCUCGGACGGCAUCGUGUUCAUCGAGCACUUCGUCGCCAUCCACUUGUACCGCGGGAACUUCCAGGCAUGCGCCUUCCCGUUUGCGUUCGACAAGAUCGGCGACCCGCACCACCUCGGGGUGCUGCCGUUCGACUGUGCGCAAGCCCGCAACUACGGCGCGUGCUGCUGGCAUCCCGACGGCGAGGGCGACGGUGUCGUGGACUUCGCCGGCAGCGUGCAAUCUACAGGGUUUUCAAGCUCGCGAUUUUCGGCGCUCGACGUGCCGUUCGACGAAGAAUCACUCAGACAGUGA